AUGGUUAAACAUACGCAAGUCGAUCUAUUUCCUAAUGAUCAUAAUAGAGCUCAAUUAUCGACACCUCGUUCCAUCCAUGUUGAUGUUGAUCAGUUACCUCAAGCUAAACGUUUUCGAGGACUUGGUUCAAUCAAAUGGUCUCUUGGUGUAGCGAUAAUAUGUCUUUUUGCAGCAGCUGUAUCUGUGCCUUUUGUCAUCACACUGGAUGUGAUAACAACGACUACAACUACUACUUCUACCUCAACAACAUCAACUACGAGCACAUCAACUACAUCCACAACAACAACAUCAACAACAUCCACAACAACAACUACUACCACAACCACAACAUCAACAACAACAACAUCAACAACAUCAACAACAACAACAUCAACAACAUCGACAACAACAACAUCAACAACAUCAACAACAUCGACAACAACAACAUCAACAACAUCGACAACAACAACAUCAACAACAUCGACAACAAGAACAACUAGCACGUCGACAACAUCAACUAGCACAUCCACAUCGACUACCUCAACAACGACAACGACAACAUCAACUACUACUAUAGCAUGUGCUUCUGGUUAUUCGAGAUCUCCAUCAGGAACAUGUGUUAAUCUUCAAAUCGAUUUUAAUAAUUGUGGUUCAUUUGGUUAUGUAUGUGCUUCAUCAUAUACUAGUUGUUCAGCAGGUGUAUGUAGUAGUGCACCUGCAGUACAACUUGUUGGUGCUAUUGCUAUACCAGGAUGGGGUGGUCAAUAUUCAGUGGAUGAUAAUUAUGUUACACUUACCCUACCAAUGAGUUUAACGAUGUAUGGAUAUUCGACACCAACUGUAUCCGUUACAACUAAUGGUGUUCUUUGUCUUGGUAGUUGUUCUGCUGAUUAUACAAAUGGAAAUCUUCCAAGUGGUAGCUUUGGAGGACCAACAGCUUUUGGUUAUUGGGAUGAUCUUAUGAUUUAUUCUGGUACAUCCCAAAGUGUCUAUUAUAGUGUUGCUGGAACAGCACCUAAUCGAUUAGCAACAUUUGAAUAUUAUACAAGUCAUUAUGGUCAAUCAACUCAAUAUUAUCAUUUUCAAAUUUUAUUUUAUGAAAAUUUACCUGGUAUUGUCAAAUAUAUUUAUUUUCAAGCAUCUGAUGGAGGUUCAUCAGCUACGAUUGGUGUACAGAGUUCACCUAGUGGAUCUACUAUGACUUAUUCAGUUAAUCAAGCAAAUUCAGUGACAAAUAAUAUGGUAUUAACUUUUGACACCAAUGCUGGUACAUAUUCAGGAUAG